AUGGCCGCAGCAAACACAGAGCUUGUUCUGGACAUGUCUGAACUCAAAUACUGCCUACCUCAAAUAUACAAGGCAUUGCUGACAGGUUCAUGUCUGUCAAAUCCCAACGACCCAAUACAGUUCCUGAAAAACGCCCUUGUGGCCUUUCAGGGACAUGAUAAUCUUCAGACUUUUGACUGGUACGUAGAGUUACGGAAGUGGAAGAGGUUCAUCACACAGAGCAGGAGAGAAACCACAGAGAUGGCUUUGAAGAUGGACAUGACAAAGAGGCACUUUGAGAGGAAAUGUCAGCACACUGCAUUCAUCAAAUGGUGGAACUGGGUAAAAUUAUGCAAGACCAGAAAGGCUGCUGGCAUUGACAAACUGGAGAGUCUGGUCAACAACGCACGGCUCAGGCGCAUUUUGGCUGCUUGGCAUAUUGUUGCAAAGGACUCAAAGAGGACAAAAGAGUACUUUAAGAUAUUUCAGUAUUUACAAUUAAGAGACCGGUUGAACUGUGCUGAGGUAUGUUGCAUUUGGAAAUCUAUCAUCCAGUCGGGCACAUUGUGGAGUCAGAUCAACUUCUCUACAGGAAAAGAUUGGAUAACCGACUGUAGAAUGAAGGAAAUUCUGCAGAACUACCGCCCAUUUGUCAUCCAUCUGAACCUUCGUGGCUGUUCAUCUUUAAACUGGCCCAGCCUAAAGUUCAUCAGUGAAUGCAAAAACCUCCAGGAACUCAACGUGUCCGAGUGCUUUAAUCUUACAGAUACAAUGGUACAAAGACUUGUCGAGGGCUGUCCUUGUCUGCUCUACCUGAAUCUCUCCUGCACAUUUGUAACAAACAAAACCCUAAAAGAACUGUCCAGGAGCUGUAUCAGUCUUCAGUACCUGAGUUUGGCGUACUGCUGCAGAUUCACAGAUAAGGGAUUUCUGUACCUGACCACGGGGAAAGGUUGCCGCAAUCUCAUACACCUCAAUCUGUCCGGCUGCACUCAGAUUACUUUAAAUGGGUUCAGACAUAUUUCUGUUGGAUGCCCAUCACUCAGAGAAGUUGUGAUCAACGACAUGCCCACGCUGACAGAUGGCUGUAUCUUGCUAACUGACGUUGGCUGGAAGGCUCUGUGCAGCAGCUCAAAAGGCCUCUGCAGACUCCACACUGCUGGAUGCCCACGGAUAACUGAUCAAGGCUUGAGAUCUGUGGCCACUCUAAAGAAUCUGCAAUACCUCGACAUCUCUCUUUGCAGCAGGGUGAGUGAUGUUGGGAUUCAGUACCUGGUCGAUGGCUGCUCAGCCAACAAACUGCAUGAGCUGAAUGUCAGUCACUGCCCUCAAAUCACGGACAUCUCGGUCAGAAGGAUUGCACAGAGGUUAUGUAAACUUUACCAUCUCAAUCUGAGUUACUGUGGGAGACUGACUAACUUGGCUGUCGAAGGCUUGAGUGGUAGCUCUGUCUGCUCUCUUGACAUCACCGGCUGCAACAUUGAAGAUCAGGGACUGGCUGCACUUGAGAAAAUUCACUUGAGGAAAAUAGUACUUGCAGAGUGUCUCUACGUCACAGACAUUGGCAUAGAGAAGCUCUGCAAAAACGCACGAGACCUUGAAGUUGUUGAUGUGUCUCACUGUGUAGCUCUGUCUGAUGCAGCCAUCAGAGCGAUUUCAUUUUACUGCAGAGGUCUGGUCACCCUGCAGAUGUCAUGGUGUCCCAAGAUGACAGAUAUGGCAGUGCAGUAUCUGACAAUUGGAUCUCAGUAUCUGCAAGAGCUCGAUGUGAGUGGCUGCACUUUUCUCACAGAUCGCACUCCCCGACAUUUGGAGAGGAUUUGCCCUCCGCUUGCCUCCAUCAAGAUGAACUGUUGCCGAGGCAUUUCCAGGGCGGCUGCCAUAAAGCUGCAGACACGAGUCUCAUACUGGGAGCACAGCAGUGAUGACCCUUCUUACUGGUUUGUCAGCAACAUGAACAAAAUAGGGCUUCCAAUCACGCGAUCUUUCAAGACUGUUGAAACUUGGGAGGAGACAGCUAAGCAUUCAUUCAUAACAUGUGCAAUCAGACUGCUGCUGCCCCCUAAAGACAGCUGA